CCAUUUAUUUAAACCCUCUCUCUCUCCCACUUCUUCUUCCCCAAAAGGCCCAAACCCUCUCUUCACAAAAAUGGAGGAGAAGAAGAAAACCCAUCUCUUCUUUUCCCUCAUCUUCACUCUCCUCCUCUCCUUCUCCGCCGCCGCCCUCCUCGACCACCAGACCCUCCUCCUCUCCCCCCUCCCCUCCGCCCCCACUCUCUCCCAACCCGAAUCCUUCUCCGCAACCUCCGAACCCGACCCGGACUCCCUCUCCCUCCAGCUCCACCACCUCGACGCCCUCUCCUCCAACCAAACCCCCUCCCAGCUCUUCCACCUCCGCCUCCACCGCGACGCCCUCCGCUUCACCUCCCUCACCUCCCUCGCCGCCGCCCGCACCCGCCCCUCCCCCGGCUUCAGCUCCUCCAUCGUCUCCGGCCUCUCCCAGGGCAGCGGCGAGUACUUCACCCGCAUCGGCGUCGGCACUCCCCCCAAAUACAUCUACAUGGUCCUCGACACCGGCUCCGACGUCGUUUGGCUCCAGUGCGCCCCCUGCAAACGCUGCUACGCCCAGACCGACCCGGUUUUCGACCCGAGAAAAUCAUCCACCUCCUCCCCCAUCCCCUGCUCCUCCCCCCUCUGCCGCAAGCUCGACACCCCCGGCUGCAACUCCAAGAAGACCUGCCUCUACCAAGUCUCCUACGGCGACGGCUCCUUCACCGUCGGCGAGUUCUCCACCGAAACCCUGACCUUCCGCCGCACCAAAGUCCCGCGCGUCGCCGUCGGCUGCGGCCACGACAACGAAGGCCUCUUCGUCGGCGCCGCCGGUCUGUUAGGUCUCGGCCGCGGGAAGCUAUCGUUCCCCUCCCAGACCGGUCCCCGGUUCAAGUCCAAAUUCUCCUACUGCCUCGUAGACCGGGCCGCCUCCUCCAAACCCUCCUCCGUCGUUUUCGGCGACUCGGCCGUUUCCCGAACCGCCCGGUUCACUCCUCUCGUCUCCAACCCGAAGCUCGACACGUUCUACUACGUCGAACUCAUCGGUAUCAGCGUCGGCGGGACACGUGUCCCGGGAAUCUCGGCCUCGUUGUUCAAACUCGACCCGGCUGGAAACGGCGGGGUCAUAAUCGACUCGGGCACGUCCGUGACCCGGUUGACCCGAUCCGCUUACAACUCCCUAAGGAAUGCUUUCCGGGCCGGAACCACGACCCUGAAGCGGGCGCCCGAGUUUUCUCUCUUCGACACUUGCUUUGAUCUCUCCGGGAAGACGGAGGUGAAGGUUCCGACGGUGGUGCUGCAUUUCCGAGGCGCCGACGUGUCGUUGCCGGCGACGAACUACUUGAUUCCGGUGGAUAGUAGCGGCACCUUCUGCUUUGCUUUUGCGGGUACGAUGGGCGGGUUGUCCAUAAUUGGGAAUAUCCAGCAGCAAGGGUUUCGGGUGGUUUAUGACUUGGCGGGUUCGCGGGUCGGGUUCGCUCCACGUGGGUGCGCUUAAGUUUUUUGGUAGUUGUGUACUGUGUAGUGGGAAAGAGGAAAGCCUCUUUUGUCUCUGUUUCUAUUUCUUUUUCUUUUUUUUUAGAUAAAAGAUAAAAAAAGGAGAAUACAAGAAAUCUUUCUUGCAUUUAAGGUCUAGGAAUAUUGCGAUGUUGUCUUGUUUAAAAGGUUUUUAGUAAUUUAAACUCCUGCAAGGCUCACUUGUUGUUA